AUGCCCGUCCGAAAGCCGAGCAAAUAUGGCUCUAAUGUUCGUUUCGCCAAAAACUCUUCCCAACGACAGCAGCGAACAAAGACGGUUGAUGCUUCCACCCUCCGAAGUAGCGAAACAACCUCCCAAGAUGAAAAGUUCGAGGCCAUACGGCUGGCCAACAGCAUCGAUGAAUCAAUGGGCUUCGGCCGGUUCGAUUCCGGCAAGAAGAGAGUCGGAUGGCUAUAUAACAUGCACAGUACCACCAUACAAGACCCGAAAGUCCCUGGUGGAAGGGCAGGUCUUGACUUCUACUUCAUUGGAGACAGUGGAGAGAAUUUCAAGGCAACACUCGAGUAUGACCCAUACUUUUUACUCGCGGUAAAACGAGGCAAGGAGCCUGAAGUCGAAGAAUGGUGCAAGAGGAUGUUUGAAGGAUUGGUCAAGACAGUCACUCGCGUGACCAAGGAAGACCUGAAGAUGCCAAACCAUCUUCUAGGAUACCGUCGCACAUUCCUCCAGCUCUCCUUUGCCAACGUCUCCGAUCUCUUGUCCGUCCGCAAAUUCAUCAUGCCUAUCGCAGAGAAGAAUAAGGAAAAGGUGAAUGCAAUGGACACAUAUGCCGAAGUGGCGAGCGCGAGUGCAGGCUUUGACGUCUACGAUGAGGAAGAGGCCAAUGUCGACAAGGCCAACGCCAUCACCGAAGCGAGCGAUUUCAUCGUCGAUAUACGAGAAUACGACGUCCCAUACCACGUCCGCGUCACAAUCGACAAGGAUAUCCGGAUCGGUAAAUGGUACACAGUCGAAGCAAAGCAUGGAGUAGUCUCCAUGACAUGUCUGGAAGAACGUCUCCAAAGAGCAGAUCCUGUUGUUCUCGCAUUCGACAUUGAAACAACGAAGCUGCCCCUCAAAUUCCCGGACGCAGCCAUUGAUCAAGUCAUGAUGAUUUCGUACAUGAUUGAUGGUCAGGGCUUUCUCAUAACAAACAGAGAAAUCGUCUCCGAGGAUAUCUCAGAUUUCGAGUACACCCCCAAAGCUGAAUACCACGGACCCUUUAUGAUCUUCAACGAAGCCAAUGAAAGGGCAACCCUCGAGCGAUUCUUCAGCAUGAUCAAAGAAGCGCAACCCACAGUCAUCGCAACUUACAACGGUGACUUUUUCGAUUGGCCUUUUGUUGAAGCCAGAGCUAGUGUCAACGGCAUCGAUAUGUAUGCCGAGAUUGGAUUCCGAAAAAAUAGCGAAGACAUCUACCAGAGCGACUAUUGCGUCCACAUGGACUGCUUCGCCUGGGUCAACAGAGACAGCUAUCUACCUCAGGGGAGCCGAGGUUUGAAGGCAGUGACCGUCGCCAAACUCGGCUACGAUCCAGACGAGCUCGAUCCGGAAUUGAUGACACCUUAUGCAAGCGACCAACCUCAAAUCCUGGCAGAAUAUUCCGUCUCUGACGCUGUGGCAACCUACUAUCUGUACAUGAAAUAUGUCCACCCCUUCAUCUUUUCACUCUGUACCAUCAUUCCACUCAAUCCGGACGACACUCUUCGCAAAGGUACGGGUACCCUAUGCGAGAUGCUUUUGAUGGUGCAGGCCUACCAGAAAAACAUUGUUUUGCCAAACAAACACAAAGAGCCGAGAGAAGCGUUCUGGGAAGGUCACCUUCUAGACUCCGAGACCUACGUCGGCGGCCAUGUGGAGAGUAUUGAAGCUGGCGUUUUUCGUGCCGAUAUCCCUGUCAACUUUGCCGUUGAUCCCUCAGCAAUCGACGAGCUGUUGAGGGAUCUCGAUGCAGCAUUGCAAUUUUGCAUCACAGUCGAAGAAAAGAAAUCGCUUGACGAUGUCACGAAUUAUGACGAAGUUCGCAGCCAAAUUGUCGAAAAGCUAAACAGUUUGAAGAGCCAACCAAACAGAAAUGAACGGCCACUGAUUUAUCAUCUUGAUGUGGCUUCAAUGUACCCUAAUAUCAUGACCACCAACAGACUGCAACCUGAUUCGAUGAUCUCGGAAUCCGAUUGUGCUGCAUGCGACUUCAACCGUCCUGGGAAGACAUGCGACAGGAGGUUGCCUUGGGCCUGGAGAGGCGAAUUCAUGCCGCCCAAACGAGACGAGUACAACAUGAUUCGGAGGGCAGUUGCCAACGAGACUUUCCCAGGCAAACACCCAAAAGCAGCAAGACGCACAUUCCAAGAAUUGUCCUUGGACGAGCAGGCCGCGACCGUGCGAAAGCGGCUGCAGGAAUACUCGAAGAAGAUCUAUCACAAGAUUCACGAUUCAAAGACGAUACAGCGAGAAGCGAUCAUCUGCCAACGUGAAAAUCCCUUUUACGUCGACACCGUCAGCACUUUCCGAGAUCGUCGUUAUGAUUUCAAAGGUCAGCAAAAGGUGUGGAAAGGUAAGACGGAAGCCCUCAAGGCUUCUGGAGCACCAGCUCCGGAGGUUGAAGAGGCUAAGAAGAUGAUCGUCCUCUUUGAUUCACUACAACUAGCCCAUAAAGUCAUUCUCAACUCUUUCUAUGGCUACGUGAUGCGAAAAGGAUCCAGAUGGUACUCCAUGGAAAUGGCAGGUGUUACUUGUCUCACAGGUGCUCACAUCAUUCAAAUGGCGCGGGAGCUUGUCGAAAGGAUUGGUCGACCAUUGGAACUGGACACAGACGGUAUCUGGUGUAUGCUUCCAGCGACCUUCCCAGAAAACGUCGUCUUUACAUUGAAAAAUGGGAAGAAGAUGGCCAUCUCGUAUCCCUGCGUGAUGUUAAAUCAUCUUGUCCACGCCCGAUUUACGAAUCAUCAAUACCAAACCCUAGUCGAUGCAAAGACCUUCAAAUACGAAACGCACAGCGACAAUUCAAUCUUCUUCGAAGUCGACGGGCCGUACAAGGCCAUGAUCCUGCCCACGUCCAAGGAAGAAGACAAGAAUCUGAAGAAACGCUAUGCAGUUUUCAAUCACGAUGGUAGCCUGGCGGAAUUGAAAGGCUUCGAAGUCAAGCGACGUGGUGAAUUGAAACUCAUCAAGAUCUUUCAAACACAAAUCUUUAAAUUCUUCUUGGAAGGAACGACACUUGCUGAGACAUAUUCGGCCGUUGCUCGUGUUGCAAACCGAUGGCUGGACGUGUUGCAUCAACAUGGUUCGACCCUGGCAGAUGAGGAGCUGAUCGACCUGAUUUGCGAGAACAAAAGCAUGACCAAAACACUUGAAGAGUACGGUGCACAAAAAUCGACAUCCAUCACCACAGCGAAACGACUUGCCGAGUUUUUGGGCGAUCAGAUGACCAAGGAUAAAGGCUUGAACUGUAAAUACAUCAUAUCAUCAAGACCACGCAACACCCCUGUGACAGAACGAGCGAUACCCGUGGCGAUCUUCUCCGCCGAGCCGAGUGUCAAACGCUUCUUCCUGCGAAAAUGGAUGCGAGACGACCCUGCUGAUAUGGACCCGAGAAGCGUUAUUGACUGGGAAUACUAUCUCGAACGCCUUGGCUCUGUGAUUCAAAAGCUCAUCACAAUUCCGGCAGCUCUGCAAAAGGUCCGGAACCCUGUUCCACGCGUGGCACAUCCAGACUGGUUGCAGAAACGAAUCGAUGCCAAAGAGGAUAAAUUCAAACAGAAGAAGCUGACAGACACUUUUGAGAAGAAACCUCUUGCUGAACGGUCUGUAAAUCUUCUUGAACACCGGCUACCCGUCACUGGUGAUAUCGAAGAUGCCCUCAAUGCAGAAUUGAAGUCUCCAAUACAGCUUCCGAGGCCAGCCAAACGUAAAGCCCAGGAAGAAACGGCUCAAACUCUGGUAGAUCCCUAUGCAGAGCUACCCGCCGAUGUCCCAGAUGUCGACGAAGACUAUAGUGAUUGGUUACAGUAUCAGAAAAAGAAGUGGAAGAUUCAAAAACAGGCACGCGCUCGUCGGCGUCAGCUCUUUGGAGAACGGCCAAACGUUGCAACAGACUCGAUCAGCAAUUUUUUCCGCAAUCAAGCCGAAUUGUUGUUUAUCAGCACUUGGCAGGUACUUCAACUUCGUCAGGGAGAUAUGCCUGGAGAGGUCAAGGCUUUUGUGUCUAUUGGAAAGAAAAUCCACAUUUUGAAUAUCAAGGUUCCGAGAAUCUUGUAUCUCAAUCUGAAGGGUGAAGAUCUUCCUGACGUCGAAGUGCCGGGCUGCGAAGUCGAAAAGGUCAACCACGUUCUCCCAAAUGGGCAUCCGUCAGUCUAUCUUUUCCAACUGACCAUGUCCGAAGACACAUAUUUGAAAGAGGCAGAGUCGGUUGCCCUGCUUUGCAACCAUCAGAGUGUUGAAGGGGUCUACGAACGCAAACUACCUCUCUAUACCAGGGCCAUGCUUAAGCUGGGCAACAUGUGUUCAUUUGAUGAAACGCAAAAAGGUGUUCUGGGGAAGGGCCUUGAACAUGGGUUUGACCUCGACGCUUUGCUGCGGAGUAAUUCCCAGUCAACAUAUCUGGAAGACCCAAGUAUGAUGGCCUAUACCUACCUCUACCACACGACAUCGGGCGAUCGAACAGUAUUCGCCCUCUUCUCCUCCGCCGGAACGCAAGCCCAUAUUAUUGUUCUGAGUCGAAGUCGCGAUGCACAGUUGCCAAAUGCUGACAAAAUGUACUUGGAGCAACACCGAUUGAAACAGCAGGAAGGCAAUUCCCCAUCGACUGUGUUCGCAUAUCAGUCUUCCAUUCAGUUCAAGGUUAGUCAAGUGACUACGAAACGGAAGGCCUACCUUGAGAUCGGUGAUAUCCUCAAGAAGUGGCGUAGCGAGGAAUCGAAGCCCACCAUGUUGCUGCUACAAACGAACUCCAACAAGCAAUUGAUGCACGAUAUUCGGAUCAUCAAGGACUAUCCGGUGUUAUGUUUACCUACGGAGCAAGCAGACACCGAUUUACCAUCUCUGGGAUGGCAAGGCUACGUGUUCAAACGGGUGAUCUCCCAUUAUCUUAAUGUCACCGGUUGGCUGUCUCACCUUAUUGAACUGGCGAGGUAUGGAGACGUACCAGUCUGCAAUCUGGAGAAGGACGAUCCUCGAUUCUUAAUUGACUUGGCCUACGCUCGGAGACUGAAACGAAACAAUGUCGUGCUUUGGUGGUCCGACAGCCCACGUCCUGACCAUGCUGGCCAUGAGCGCGAUGACAUUUUAGGACCUUUGACCGAAGUGGUGGAACUGCCCUCGAUCAACAACCCCGGUGUGUAUACCUCAGUGUGCGUUGAUGUCUCGGUGCAGAACCUUGCAAUCAACACGAUAUUGACCUCAUCAAUCAUCAACGAUCUCGAAGGAUCAGCAGAAUCUGUAGCGUUCAACCCUGCAGCUGGUGAAGAAACACCACUGAAUUCGAGCAUGGUCAAACCUAACGCUGGAUUUGCGCAAACAGCAUUAGAGGUUCUGCGAGACAUGGUCAAAUCUUGGUGGGCAGAAGCUUGCCGUGGCAACCGGCUGGCGGACGUCAUGGUUCAGCAUCUCGUACGAUGGGUUGAAGCACCGGCAUCAUGUCUAUAUGACAGACAUCUACACUACUAUGUGCAGAUGAUGUCCAAGAAGGCUAUGCAACAGCUGAUUACUGAUUUCAGAAGGGUUGGAUCUCAGGUUGUGUUUGCAUCCACAACGCGUCUCCUACUUCAAACCUCCAAACAGGAAGUUGGGAACGCAUACGCAUACUCGCAAUACAUCUUAAAGUCCAUUCAGCAGAAGCCACUUUUUCACUUUUUGGGGUUGGAGAUCAAGGACUACUGGGACAUCCUAGCUUGGUAUGAUCAAUACAACUACGGUGGAAAGGGCACAUCAACUGUGACGGAAGAGACCAACAAUUCAAAUCUCGAAAUUGUUGUGCACUGGCAGAUUGCACAAUUUCUCCCUGAGCCAUUGCAACCAGUCUUUGACGAUUGGGUUAUCACCUUCAUCGAGAUCAUGCAGAAUCUCAAGCGACCAACCGCAAUAUCCGAAGACGCAUCUUCAACGCCCCGACCCACACAACUGGCCUCGGGGUUCAUCAGCCUCACCGAAGACCCAACGAGCACCGAAGUGACCAGUGUCCUGCAGGAAGAUUUCUCCAAACCCUUGCGCAAGCAGAUCACAGGAUUGAUCCGACGCCAACGAGAAGAAUUGCUCCACCCGGAACUAGCAAGCGACUGGACGUUUCCCAGUCUUGCAGGUGGCAGUCUCGAAUCGAAAGACCCGCGACAUCCGCACGACCCAGUUUUGGAGCUAGUCAAGUCGCUGAUGCAAAUUGUGUCACUAUCGAAGCCUCUGCAGCUUGAGGCACGUCUACUUCGUAAAGACCUUCUGGCGUUGUUUGACGCACGCGAGUUCAGUAAGGAAGGUCGGUUUGAGAACCCCAGCUCUAGCCUUCGGUUCGAAAACCUCAUUUGUGACACAUGUACGAUGACUAGAGAUCUAGACUUGUGUCGCGAUGAAGAUGUCCUACCCGAUGCCACAGCCAAGUCCCAGGACGAUGCAUUGACGAAACCAUGGCGUUGUCUCAGCUGUGGAGGCGAAUACAACAAGAUUGUCUUGGAAGAGAAGCUGAUAUCGCGGAUCCAAGCAAGUUUGAUGAGCUGGCAGAUGCAAGAUCUGAAAUGUAAGAAAUGCGGUGUCUUGCAAGGCGACGAUUGUGUCUUUACGGAUCAUUGUUCAUGUGGUGGAGAGUGGUGUGGCACGACAGACAAGGGGGACAUUACGAACAAAGUGAGAAUCAUGGAGAGGGUCGCGUCUGCGUAUGGUUUGAGGAUGUUGGAAGGUGUGGUGCACGGUGUCAAGUCAAUGUGUAUGAUUUCAUGAGCGAUGAGGGACGUGGUUGGUGGUGAAGGACGUUGGAUUCGUGUCACUACAAUAAAGGAGAAGAUGUGGUGGAGUCUAGGAGUGUCUUUUGCACAACAUUGCGAGGUGUUGGUACAGGACAUUUGAUUUGAUGUGGUUGCAUGCUGCCUUUGUAUAGAUACAGAGCAGCCUUGAGCAUGACAGCAUGUUUUUCAGUCUGGUAGAAGAU